AUGCAGAUGACCAGGAAGCGCCCACGUUCAAGUCCUGAAGCCGACUAUACGACGCCUGCCUGCAAUCAAUGCCGGUCGCGCAAGGUCAGUCCUCUCCAGACGUAUAGGACCCAGAAUGCUCCGCCUGUUGCAGAGCUGGUGUCCCCUGCGACUUUUCUGCCUCGUUCAAAAGGACCAACCCCGCCAAACAACUGUGAGAAUUCCGUCAAUAUUGUUGUGCUUAUGCAAGAAAGGGCCAAACCAAGACCUGACCAUGCCAGAUUGCAUGACUUCUCGUCCGUCCUCGGCCGAUUAGAUGACGUGGAUCGGUCGCUGGUGCGCUUGUCGCAGCAAGUCGAGUCCUUGACCGCAAAUUGUACCGCGGCCGCAAAGCCGCUUGCCCUGCCCAUCACCAACGAUCAGAACGACCCAGAGAUGGAGAUGGAAGACCGGCCACCACAGGAGGUGACCUCGAAUCAGGUUCUUUUGAAUGAGGGGUAUGGUGAGCGUUUGUAUGGCUAUCCUGCUGCACUGUGCCUGUUUCGCGCCUCCCGGAAGCUGCUGGGAGCAACACUGAAUGCCAAACCCCCGUCGCUGCGUGGUCCGCUAGCGGAAAGCAUGGAAAAUGCCGUUUUACGAACAUCCCUGCUGCGCCAUUACGAGAUUUUUCCGUUUCGAAAGGGUUGUACCGAGCCGCCCAUCAACGGUGACCAAGGACCCCUCACGUCGCCUCCCCAGGUUGUCGUUUAUUCCGUACUCGAUCGCUACCUGAAUCACAUUAACCUCCACGUUCCUGUAUUUGAAGCCGGUGACCUAUAUGGUACCAUUCCGGAUUGCUAUCGCUCCAAUGGUCCUCCCGUCCACGCCGCGUGGCUGGUAUGUUUAAAUUCUAUAGUCCUGCUGACCUUGCAUCUUGACGCUCGUGUGGCCCGACGAUCUGGUCUCGACAUGGACCCGUGGAGCAAGCAUUCUGAGGUGAUUGACAAUGCCUUGAACAACUGUCGCCGUGUUUUGGCCGACUUGGAUGCGCUGUUGCAGCCAGCUGUGGUCAACAUUCAGGCGCUCAUCGUGCUGGCUCUAGUGGCGCGAGAAUUCUUUAUCAGCGCGGUAUUCGAGAAGGUCUGCUCUGCAGCCUGUAAAUUAGCACAGUCUAUGGGCCUCCACCGGUGCGUCGGGAUGGGGAAUGACAGUGCGCUGGAAGCCCGCCAGCGACUCUUCUGGAUCCUGUACGCCAUGGAUAAAACUCGAGUCUUCCUCAGCGGACACUCCCCCGAUUUGUAUCUCUUUGACUCUGAGUUCCAACCCCGCCUGUCCACCUCGCAUAUGCCCGUCGCGUCACAACUCCACUCCGCCGCGGCACACAUGAUGGCUGUUUGGGAGGAAAUUUAUAUCGCGCUAUACUCGGCGCGAGCAGUGCGCUUGGGGGCACAACAUCGACACGACCAGGUGGAUCGGCUGGACCGGCUGUGUGACGAGUGUCUACCUCUGAUUGCGUCGCAGCUGUCUCACGACCCCGGACUACGCCUGAUGCAGCUAGAGAUCAGAUACUGCUACCAUGUCAGCAAGAUUCUGAUCCACCGCUGCCAUAGAAUGGCCGAGGAAUGGCAGAAAAUCAACGAACAUGCCGUUUCCGCUCUCCAGAUUAUCACUGAUGUCUUCGAGGAGCCCGUGACACCAGGUAGCUGCGUGGUCCUGGGCCGGAUGUUCCAGAACUACCCACUUGUUGCCUUCCACGACCUUUGUUUGCGGUACUUGACAGGGGAGGGCUCGGUUGACAUCGCGGCCAUGGUUCCGAGGCUGAUCAACGUUCGCCGCCAAUUGAGCUCCUUAGAGCAUAAGGAGAUGCCAAGUGCAUACGUGACGAAGCUACAUCUGGGCGUCGCUUGGUGCACCGACUUGAUGAGCAUGAUUACCGACUCAAAUGAGGCCUUGGAGCCAACAGCUUGCCUGCUAACCCCCUCGACUAGUACUGAUAUGGACAACUUUCGCCCAUCUGCGUCGCUCGAGCAUGAACAUGCUACUUACUGGGCAGGUACUAGCAACACACUGACCCAGGAGCAAGCAGAUAUGUUGGGGGAGUUUGCCGAUUACUUCUUUGACCCUACAAUUUUUGAAGGUCUUCUCUCAGAAGGGCAUUUUGCGACAUAG